UUGUAUAAAUUAACAUUUUACGCUACUAUAUGAACCCGUAUAAAAAAUUACUAAACGUUACAUUUAGAAGAUAUUUUGGUGUUUGGCAAUGUGAUAAUAAAUAACCUGUUUCAACCCAUGGGUCAUAAUAUGUUAGAAACUAGUUCGUUGCUUCUUGUCUUUCAAUUGUUUUAGUAAUAUGUUUACUGCGCCAUCUGCAUCUGUAGGAGCUUUGUUGUGAGCCGCCGCCAUAAUCAAAUGAUAACGGAAAAUGAUAUAAAUUUAGGUUAAGUGUCAAUAGAAAUCGACAAAAAUGAGUUUGAAUAUAGAAGUAAAUAGGCGGAUUCUUGCUAUAAAGGCGAAAAAGAAGAGACAUAAACCUGGUAAGAGGAAAGGGAAGACCGAAGAACAUGGCUCAACUGCCAACAGAGAUAUUCGAUCCUACUCGAGCAAGGUAGAUCCGUGUCAUUCCUCUUCUAAUGAAACUAUACAGGAUGACGAGGAUGAGUAUUGUAGCUCAGAUGAGGAAGAGCAAGAGGAUACAAUGGAUUACUGUAAGGGUGGAUACCAUCCCGUAAAAAUUGGGGACUGCUUCCAAAGUAGAUAUCGUGUUGCCAGAAAGUUAGGUUGGGGUCACUUUUCAACGGUGUGGUUAUGCUGGGAUCUUAUAGAUAAGCAGUUUGUUGCACUGAAAGUAGUUAAGAGCGCAUCACAUUUUACUGAAACAGCAUUAGAUGAAAUAAAGCUUCUAAAAACUGUUCGUGAUACUGAUGUGAAUGAUCCAAAGAGAAACAAGACCGUGCAGUUACUGAACGAUUUCAAGAUUACCGGUGUCAACGGCACUCACGUGUGCAUGGUAUUUGAAGUGCUUGGCCACAAUCUCCUGAAGUUAAUAAUCAAAAGCAAUUAUCGUGGUAUACCUCGUGCAAAUGUCAAAUCAAUAAUCAGGCAAGUCCUUGAAGGGUUACAUUAUCUUCAUACAAAAUGCAAGAUAAUCCACACUGACAUCAAGCCAGAGAAUGUUCUGAUUUGUGUUGAUGAGAAUUGUAUAAGGAGGUUAGCUUCAGAAGCCACUGAGCUACAUACAAUGGGUCUGAAGUUGCCUGUUUCUUUGAUUAGUACUGCUCCAAAGGAAUUUCAGGAGCCAAAUCUAGAUGCCAAAAUGUCAAAAAAUAAAAAGAAGAAGUUAAAAAAGAAAGCAAAACGCCAGACAGAACUACUGAGGAAGCAGAUGGAACAGAUUGAGGAGAUAGAAGAGCAGAAGCAGAGAGAACUUAAAGCUGAAAGCAGCUAUCAGACUCCAAUGGCCGAAGGUGACUCAACCUUAAUACAACCAGAAAAAUGUGAAGAUUCUGAUGAGAAAGAUAAUGACAACUCAGGUGAAUGCAAAGUCAUAAAUACAGCUUACCAAAAUGGCUGUGAUGAUACACAACUGUGCCACGCAUCCAUGGGAGACAGUGAAAUAGAAAGGACAGAAGACAUGAAUAUGCAUCAGUUGCAUGAGGUCAGAAGCUGUUCAGAAGGUGUAAGUGAUGUGAUGGGUCCGGAUAGUGACAUAAAGCUCAUAGAAGAAUCUCUAGAAAAGAGCAAGCAGUCUCACAUAGUUCCUCACCAUUCUAUAGCAUUAACCCAAGAACCGAAGAUGCAUCAGCCAGAUCCUGCUUUAGAAGAAUGUGACGUGGAGGUGAAGAUAGCCGACCUAGGAAAUGCUUGUUGGGUGAAUCGACAUUUCACAGAAGACAUACAAACUCGACAGUAUCGUUCACUUGAAGUUCUUUUGGGAGCAGGAUAUGGAACAUCUGCAGAUAUCUGGAGCACAGCCUGCAUGGCAUUUGAACUUGCUACUGGUGAUUACUUGUUUGAACCUCACUCUGGCGAAGACUAUACGCGUGAUGAGGAUCAUUUGGCUCAUAUCAUUGAGUUGUUGGGAAAAAUACCAAGGAGGAUAGCAAUGUCCGGGAAACAUUCUCGCCAGUUCUUCAGCAAGAAGUGUGAAUUGCGGCAUAUUACAGGACUAAAACCUUGGGGAUUGUUUGAAGUUUUAACAGAGAAGUACGAGUGGGAUCACACAGAAGCAGCGGAGUUCACCUCAUUCCUGCGUCCAAUGCUGGACUUUGAUCCUAACCGACGUGCCACAGCUGCAGACUGCUUGAUGCAUCCAUGGCUAAACUAGUGAGAACUCAGUGAAGGUCUACAUUGUUACUCAAAACAGUUAGUAAUCUGCAUACAUAAAUCUUAAAGUUUUGGAUAGUUCAUCAGUAUUCAUUGUUGAAACAGAAACCUAAUAGGAUGCCUCUUCCAUGAUUGACUUUAUCUCUCACUCCUUUCUGGAGCUGUUGCAUUCAGUUGUGUACAGUAAAUUUUAGGAUAAUUUUCCUUCCUAUGUUGUUUUAUAUUGUGGUUAAUUUGUUCACAAAAUCUCAUGUAAGAGCCCAAAAUUUACUUUCCAUAAGUUAUUGCUCUGCAAGUGAGAGGAUACCUAUGCCAGAAGGUGACAAAAUCAGUGUGACAGAUUGUCUGGCAGGAGAACACAAUACAUGUAAUGGCAUAUUGUUCCUAAACGGAGGGUAAGUUGAACAUAGUGUUCAUUAAUUUACCUAACUCUCAGUAAAUUACAUGUUGAAACUGGUCAGAUAUACUAUAGUAAGUUUCAUCUUUCCUGCAGAUUUUUGUUAAUAAAUUGUUUGUAACAUUAAAUUGGUACAGCUGACAUCAUUCUGUGUGAACUAGUAGCCUGUUACUGCCCAUGAAGUUAAGAACUCUAUUACAGUAUAUUCCAUAUUAACCCUUUCACUGAUAUAAAUCCAACGUUUAUACCAAAUAUGCUGAGUACUGUAACAUUAUUUUCCUUCAGGAAUUCCACAACAACAAACUAAGAAAUUGGCCCUUUAGAUAAUUAAGUAUAAGAAGUAUUAUGGGACAUAAUAUAUUGACAUGUCAUAUUAGGUGGGUCGCUGAGGCCGCACCAUAGCUUAAGCGGUUAGUCGCUGGCUUCCCACCAAGGCAGCCUGGGUUUGAUC